GGCACAAACACACAACCUCUUAGACAUUUUGCUCCUCUGAGCAUCUUAUGCUGCAGCUGACUUGUUUCCCUCCUCCCUACUCAGGAUUUUUAUAACUGUAGAGGAAAUCUGAUUGAAAUGCACCUUUUAUUUUUGCCGUGUGUCUUGCACACAUCUGCCAACAUGUGCCUUCUCACAGCUACCCUUCUGCUUCUUGCAAUUGAUUCUAUUUCAUGUGCUUCGUUUCUGGCGUCUCUGAACAUGGGAGGGGUCAUAGGGGAGGUGCAGUUUGAUUCUAUAUCCCAAACAACCACUGUCCAAGUGUCUGGUGCUGGAUCCUGUGGGGCAGUUAACUUUUCCCUAAGCGAGUUCCCUGUUAUGUACGGCCACUUUGCCCAGCCCUGUUCAGAAGCAAACAUCGGCUCAAGCAUCUUCACGUUCACGGCAGAUCCUACCUCAAUAUCCACCAUAAACACGCCACACCUUUACAAACACAGAGCAAACCUGGAUGAUUUCUCUCUGUCUUUGCAGACAUGUAAUGGGACCAAAGUAUGCACAACUGUAAGUCAAGGUCAGACGACACUGACUCAACAGGCCAGGUUCACAGAAUCCAUUGUAGGUAACAUCUAUAUACGUUUGAACCAAGAGAAUACCAACCCCAGGAUUCUUGCUGAUGUAAUGACAGUCGGUCAGACAAGUGUCUCACAAACCAACAUCACUCUCUAUGGAUCAACAAGUACAGCUGCAAGCUGUAAUGCUCUUCUUAAACACUUAGAGCCCUCAGCCUUGACAAGUCUGGGUGUCAUAAAGGUUGGACAUCCAAUUCAUCUUCAGAAGUCUCGUUUAGACCUUGAUACCGUUAAUGAGACAUAUAGGUUUCUUCUCUUCAGCAUCAGAUCAAGUUACAUGUGCGCUCAGAUAUAUAACGUAUCUGAGAAACUGGUGGGAGCUGUUGUGAACAUGAGAGGAAUCAAAGGUUACUUCAGUUUUCAUCAGGCUUCUCCUUUUGAUGUGACAACGUUUAGCAUGAAUCUUGCAAACUUACAAAGCAGAGUUGGCCCUUACCAUGUCCAUGAAUAUCCUGUCCCUGCAGUCAGGUCAAACCUGUGUUCAAAUGAUAAUGUGGGGGGCCACUGGAAUCCAUUUGCAAUCAACAAAAAUGACUUAGCAUAUCCAAAAGUGCCUGGCUCAUCGCAUGACAAGUAUGAAAUGGGUGACCUCAGUGCCAAGCAUAUGUCUCUGGCAGAUAGAAAUGAGGUGAAUGUCUCGUUCACUGACUUCAAUCUCCCUCUGUUUGGACAAAACAGCAUUGUAGGCCGCUCGGUUGUGAUUCACCAACCAGAUGGUGCAAGGUUUGUAUGCGCCCGCAUUGGUUAUCCCGGUGAAGUGAUGACAGGCAGAGCGAUAUUUCAGGGCCUGGUUGUUGGUGAGAUCAGGUUUACCCAGCUGGUGAACAAUCCUCUGUCAGAUGUAUCCAUUUUUGUAGAUCUGUCAUACGGAAAUUCAACAAUGUCACCAACCAGAAACCACAACUGGCAUGUUCACAUGUACCCCAUUAGCUCGGAGAGGGAUGAUGAUAAAGGGCGCUGCAGCACAACAGGAAGUCAUUGGAACCCCUAUAACAUCAGCACAAGUGACAGCAGCUAUGCCAUGCAGUGCAGCCCAUCUAGUCCCUUGUGUUGUGAGGCAGGAGACCUCUCAGGCAAACACAGUACCAUUAAUAUUGAUACUAGAGUAGGAGGAGUGGAUGCAAAAAAGUUUUUCACUGAUGUGACCUCUUGGUUGCUCAUGCCAGGCAUUAUUGGCCGUUCUGUGGUCAUCCAUGAAUCAGCAAAGGGAGAGCCAAGGAUUGCUUGUGCUAAUGUGACUAUGGUUCGAGCCACCAAAGCUAGCUUAAGAAACUGGUUUGGUCCCGGGUCGUGCAGUGGUCAGGUAAAAUUCUCCCAAGUUGUCCCACAAGGCCCCAUAACUAUAAAUGUAGACCUGAUAAACCUGCAUUCCUCAUCUGGAGGUUACCAUGUUCACAUGUUGCCCCUCAAAUCUGGCAGCACUGAACCCUGCUCAAAUGCAGACAUCCUAGGCCACUUCAACCCAUUAAUGUGGAACACAUCAAAGUCCCCCUCACCUGGAGAAGGCACUGUGGACCAGUAUGAGAUAGGAGACAUCAGUGGAAAGUUUGGAAUGCUUACUGGAAGAAAUGACUUUAAAGCAGUCUACGAGGACUCAGACAUGUCACUUACUGGACCCUACAGCAUUGUGGGAAGGUCUCUGGUAGUUCAUCAUGCCAAUGGAUCUAGAAUAAGGUGUGCUGACAUCUCAGCAGAAACCAAUCCUGAUGGUCAAUGGACCACUGCUAAAGCUGUUUUCAGUGGUGGGGUGACUGGGACGGUCUGGCUGCGCCAGCAGAUGUUUCCUGAUGGAAGUAGAAGUGAUGUUUCACUUGAGGUGAAUCUCCAGUCAUCUGCAAGUGAAAAUAUAUCUGCGGUAUCCUUGUUCAUCACAAACAACAGAGUGGAUGCCAAUGACAGCCUGUGCAAUGAUGUGGGAAGCACAUUUAAUCCCUUCAACAUGGAAUCAGUGAGCUCCAGUUGUUCAUUAGAAACCCCCCUGAGUUGUGUUGUGGGUGAAAUAUCAACACGACAUGGCGCUGUCAGCCUCACUGAAAGACAUCUUUACACUGACAGCAUUAUCCAGCUCUCUGGAGACAACACAGUUGUUCACAGAUCGCUCGUGUUAAAAAAUGGCAACAACACCACAGCAUGUGCUACAAUCCUCCCAGAAUCCCCGUCAGCAGAGCAGCUGUUUCCCAGUGUGACUAAUUUCAACCGAUUUGACUUCCGUCGGAGGGUUGCCGAAGUCCUGCAGAUGGAAAUGGCAAGAAUUACCAUCUUGCCCGGCUCUCCCCGUUCUGUAGCAGGUGGAAAAUGCCAGCAAGUCAACUUUGCAGUGUCAGGGAAUGUCAGCACGGAAAUGCUGAGGUGUGUGAAAACCAAUGAGACGAUGGGCAAAUUCAAAGAGUCUACCUCCUGUACAAGAAAUGCAGGGCUGCUGGUCGUGCCAAGAACUUUCCUUCUAGGCUUGAUGUUUGCUGCCACUUGCCUGCUGCCAUCCAUAACGUCUUUAUAGUUCAGAGGCUCAGCCAUGCUGUGCACCAUCAGUUGAUCCUCCUGUUGUAAAACUGUGAAUAUGUUCAUGAAAUAUUGCCCAUUAAAGCAAAUAAUGAUGAUACUCUGUAAAAAUAAAUUAAUGAACACACAAAAAUCUUCCAAAUUUAUAUUAAACUUUUUAUGUUUACCAAUUUAUGUGACAAGCACCUGUUGAUUGUGUUCUUUUUCUAUAAAAUCUUUUUUUAACUAUUGUUCUUAUGUUUAUUAAUUUGUUUGGAAUUUAAUGUGUGUUUUUAAGACUCCAGACAUUUUUCUUCUUGUUG